GAAAUCAUACCAAACCCCACCCAACCUACAACGACCACGACGACUCCUCUCCUCCCUUUCUCUCUCUUCACCCGCAGCACGCGCGCCGCCGUCUCCGGCGAUGGAAGUUGCCGCCGGCGCCCGCGGCGGCGGGGCCGGCGGAGGAGGGGGAGGCCCCGCGCCGUUCCUGCUCAAGACGUACGAGAUGGUGGACGACCCGUCGACGGACGCGGUGGUGUCGUGGAGCGACGCCUCCGACGCGAGCUUCGUCGUCUGGAACCACCCGGAGUUCGCCGCCCGCCUGCUGCCCGCCUACUUCAAGCACAGCAACUUCUCCAGUUUCAUCCGCCAGCUCAACACCUACGGAUUCCGUAAAAUAGAUCCAGAGCGAUGGGAAUUUGCCAAUGAGUACUUCAUCAAGGGACAAAAGCACCUGCUGAAGAAUAUCCACAGGCGUAAGCCUAUCCACAGCCACAGCCAUCCACCAGGUGCUCUGCCCGAUAAUGAGCGUGCAAUAUUUGAGGAUGAGAUCGAACGGCUUUCACGAGAGAAAUCCAACCUCCAGGCUGACCUCUGGAAAUCCAAGCAGCAGCAGUCGGGAACGAUGAACCAGAUUGAAGAUCUUGAGCGACGAGUGCUUGGCAUGGAGCAGCGACAGACCAAGAUGAUUGCCUUCUUGCAGCAAGCUAGUAAGAACCCUCAGUUUGUCAACAAGCUUGUUAAGAUGGCAGAAGCAUCUUCGAUUUUCACGGAUGCUUUCAAUAAGAAGAGAAGGUUACCUGGUUUGGAUUACAGUAUCGAGAACACAGAAACCACAAGCUUUUAUGAUGACCAUAGCAGCACUUCUAAGCAAGAAACAGGCAAUCUUUUAAAUCAGCACUUCUCUGAUAAGCUUAGGUUGGGACUUUGUCCUGCCAUGACAGAGAGCAAUAUCAUCACGCUAAGCACGCAAAGCUCAAACGAAGAUAACAGAAGCCCUCAUGGUAAACAUCCAGAGUGUGACAUGAUGGGGAGGGAAUGUCUCCCGUUGGUGCCGCAGAUGAUGGAACUCUCCGAUACCGGCACAUCUAUCUGCCCCUCCAAGAGCUCUUGCUUUGCACCACCUAUAAGUGAUGAAGGCCUCUUAACAUGCCAUCUGAGUCUAACUCUUGCAUCAUGCUCGAUGGAUGUUGACAAAAGCCAAGGCCUCAAUGCAAAUGGGACCACUAUAGACAACCCAACUGAGGCAGCAACAGCUACCAUGGAAAAGGAUGACACCAUUGACAGAAGCUUCGAUGACAACCAAAAGAAAUCAGCUGAUUCUCGUACAGCAGAUGCCACAACACCACGAGCGGAUGCACGAGUAGCCAGUGAGGCUCCUGCAGCCCCGGCUGCAGUGGUGAAUGACAAGUUCUGGGAGCAGUUCCUAACAGAGCGACCUGGCUGCUCUGAAACUGAAGAAGCAAGCUCUGGCCUAAGAACAGAUACUUCCAGGGAGCAAAUGGAGAACAGGCAGGCAUAUGAUCACUCACGGAAUGACAGAGAAGACGUGGAACAACUGAAACUCUGAAUUUACUAUAGAAUUAUACAAUUUACAAGAAGGGAUACAGGCGUACAGUGUAAGAUGUUUAGAAUCAGGAACCUGCUGUUAAACAUGACAGAUCAAUGGGUGUACAACAUCACACAGGUGUACAUAUUUUUUUUCCCUGAAUGUUUCGGAGGGUUAAGAUUAAUAGUUCGAUUAACCACACCAGUUGUUGUAAAAUCGAUGUGUCUGUCUGUCUGGCAUGGUUUCUCAUCUUGUUGGUAGUGAUUUAUGUUAUGCAGUGUCAAGCUGCCACAGCGGAGAAUCAAAAUUAGCAUGUACAUUACCCUUAAAUAUCCUUUUCGUAAAAAUAUUUUUACGAUCAUUUUUUUCAAA